UACAUCACAAUACAAAAUAAUAAUCUCUUAAUGAAAGUAGAAUAUCAAGCUCAUAUGCCUAUUAUUAAUUUCCUUUAUAUAAUCCUUCUCCAAAUGGAAUGUCCAGAAGAAACAAUUAUUGUGGACAAAGAUGAGUCCAUCACAUUGAUUGGCAUAAAUCGUCCCAGGCAACGUAAUGCCAUGACGUAUGAAACUGCAGAAAAGCUUUCAAAUGCAUUGUCGGCAUUUGAAGCAGAUGCUACAUCACCCAUUGCUGUUCUCUAUGGAGUGGGGGGUACAUUUUCAUCAGGCUAUGAUAUACAAGAAUUGGAGGCCCAAUGUGAUAGGGGUAGCUUGGAUUUCCUAUUGAGACAUGAAGGUUCAGUAGGGCCCACACGACGUCAUAGUAAGAAACCUAUCGUAUGUGGCAUUAAUGGUUUUUGUGUGGCCAGUGGCUUCGAGCUGGCUCUUAUGUGUGAUUUGCGAGUUAUGGAAGAAACUGCCAUAUUGGGAUUUUUUAAUCGUCGCUUUGGAGUGCCCUCAAGUGAUGGAGGAACAGCAAGAUUGUCCUCUAUGGUGGGCUAUUCAAGGGCUCUUGAAUUGAUGGCUAGCGGCAGGCGUGUCCAAGGCAAAGAAGCUUUACAAAUUGGUUUGGUUAAUCGUUUGGUAGCCACAGGCACUGCAUUGGGACAAGCAGUCAAUUUGGCCUUUUGUAUAGCCAAAUUUCCCCAGGCUUCGUUAUUGAGCGACAGAAAUUGUUUGUACACAAAUGGAUAUAGUCGGCAUGGUUUUCGGGCUGCAAUACAAACGGAAAUCAUGAAUACAUCAAAAGAGGUGGUGACCGAAUUAAAAGAGGGGGUUAAACGCUUUAAAAAAGUUGAUAUAUCACCGUCAAAACCCGAUUUGGGCCAUGUCAAGGAAAAACCAAUCCCAGAUUGGGAAAGAGAGGAAAUUGCUUUAGAAAAUGAAGCCAAGAAAAAAACUUAAAGUUCCACAUUUGUGUGUUCGUCCUUGUUGCUUUAAUUUAUUUCCUUAGGAUAUAUUUUAUACAUUUCUGUGCCUAUGUAAAGUGAAUUCACUUUUGCGUGCAAGUCUAAAUUUAAGCAUGUAAGUGAUUUGAUUUUUUUGCAACUUUUUAAAUUAUGUCGAUGUACAUUAAUUAAAAUUACAAAUAUAAUGUUAUGUCAAUUCUCAUAUGAAAAAAAAAACAACCGUAACGUUUCAUAACCCAUACGGGAACAAAAGUUAUCCAGUUAAUUCCAAACCAGGGUAAAGUUUUGCAUUUCCUCCUAUGACAAUUGACGCCUGCAUUCGUAUGCUGGCAAAACCAUCAACCAUUUUUUUUAACGGUGGUUACCUCUCACUAAAUAAUAACGAUAUUUAAGAGUAGAUUAGACUAGGUUGAGAAGAGAGUGCGGAUCGGAACAUCGGGAACUAUAAGAGUGUUCAAAGACAGGUCGAGGACAGUAGGAGGGUAUUCAACUUUAGGUAAAUCCAAAUUCUUCAACAUCAAUAUAGAGAUUCCCUCGGGCCCCAACGCCUUGGAUGAUUUGGCGCCACGCCAUGAUAUGCUAUUUUUUGCAUGUUUUUUGGAUCACUUCAGAUACCCAAAUCAUGCAAAUCGGGUCAGUAAAUGCUAGUUAUAGCCCCUUUAAGGUUGGAUAAGUGGAAAGUGGUCCUCUUUGACACUCUGUACCUCACCCUGUAUUAAAGAUAUAGAACAACAUUUCCAUUUUCCUGAAGCCUAUGUCCUUCUCCAUAAAUGUCAAGAAAUAUUUUUAUCACUCAGAUCAACAUGUACAAAGUUGUAGACAUAUUUCCAAUUUUUCGCUGUUGGGCCCACAGCGUCGGUCUACAUAUUGGAUGUGAUUUGUACUCAUUCUAACUCCAGAACCCGUUUUAUGCUAUUUUUGUUGGAUAGUUUAAUUUUUUUUGUGUUUUGUGUGUUUCGUAUAGACAAAAACGUCUUAAACCGAUUACCUAGAAAUUUUCACAGAUUGUGUAGGUUGGUCUGGAAGGAAACAUAGGCUAUAUAAUUUUUUGAUAUCGUGAGUGGGGCGGACCUCCCCCUUACCACAAAAAAUAAAAGUGGACCGAUCAGAACAAUAUUGGAUUCAAAUGAAAGGUAUUCAAGAGUAGAGUACAAAUUUCAUAACAAAAGUUGGGUCCAAGUACCUGGCCGGUCGCCCCAGCCCCAAAACCCCUUAAAAUAGGUUUAUUUGACGAUCAUGACAAUAUGGGACUCAAAUGAAAGGUAUUCGGGGGUAGAUUACAAAUAUGGUAAGGAAAUAGGAAAAGGCUUUAAAAUUUAUUGAUAAAGGAAGGGGGCGGACCCUCCACCGUUACCCCAAAAACACCACCCAAAAUCAGAAGUGGACCGAUAAGGACAAUAUAGGUAUCAAAUGAAAAGAAUAAGAACGGGAGUAGAUAUCGAAUCUGGCAUACAAAUUCAUGUCGAAAUAUAGGGGGUCACCCCACCCCACCAAUCACGGAUUUAUGGUACUCCGCUUGUUUGUUCCGUAUGGAUUGAAAAACGGCAGAAUCGAUUUUUUUCGAAAUUUUCGCAUAUUGUGUAGAGACCAAUCUAAGGAAAUAUAGGCUACAUAAUUUUUUGGUAUCGAAAGGGGGACGGACCCUCCCCCCUUAUGCCAAAAACACAACCCAAAAUCAAAAGUGGACCGAUCGGGAUAACAUCGGUAUCAAAUGAAAGGUAUUGGAGAGUAGAAUACGAAAAUAGUAUUAAAAUUUGAGUCUAAGUACCCAUCGGGCCGCCCCAACUCCAAAACACCCCCAAACUGACAAAUUGGACGUGCAUUUCAAUAUGGGGCUCAAAUGAAAGGUAGUAAAUUCCGAAUCUGGCAUACAAAAUCAGAUCGAAGUAUAGGGGGUCACGCCAUCCCCAAAAACGCCAUUAGACCCACUAUGACCCAUUAUAAUACUUGGCUGAACCGAUUUUCUUAAAAUUUUCAUAGAUUGCGUACGUUUGUCUGUUUUUAGAUAUCGGGUGGUGGCUGACCCUCCCCUUACCCCAAAAACGCCACUCAUAUCGCCACUUACGGUAUCAAAUGAAAGGUAUUGGAGACCAGAAAACGAAUAUGGUAUACAAAUUUGGGUCUAAGUACCCAGUGGGCCCCCAUUCCCUAAAACUCCUCUAAACAAAUAUAUUCGAAAUUCAUGUCAAUAUGGGACUCAAAUGGAAAGUAUUAGACAGUAGAUUACAAAUAUGUCAUAAAACAUUAGGUCCAGGUAAUGGAAGGUAGCCAACCCUCAAAUGGGCAUAUUAACCGACUAUGGCUAUAUGAGACUGAAAUGAAAGGUAUUAGGGAGUAGAUUACGAAUAUGACAUUAAAAUUUGGGUUCAAGUCUAGGUGGCGCUUUUCCUCCUAAAGAUACGUCAAAUGGGUUAUUUUAAGAGUAAAAAAACGAAUUUAAUACCCAAUUUUGGAGCCAAGUGAUUUGGGGUACGCCCUAAAGCACCCACUAAACUGAACUUCAUUUCCGUUGGGAAUAAAGAACGAAUUGGAUAUAUAUUUUCAGUGCAAAGUACCGGUGGCCACCCCAACCCCAAAACUCAAAUCAAAGGGAUUUGGAAGUGCAGCACGAAUUUGAUAUCCAUAUUUGAGUCGAAAAGUCUGAGAUGCCAUCCCUCCCCUAAUGAGAACAUUACCCUAAGGAAGAACAUUACUACCAGGAACCGAGAAGGGGCAAAUUUUCACACAUCAAAGAGUGCUUUCCAAUUCAAGUUUAAACUCAAUGAUAAGGACAUUUUUUAUAGCUGAGUUCGAACGGCUUCCCGCAGUGCGACACCUCUUUGCGGAAAUUUUUUUAAAUGACCAUGUAUGGCAUUGUACCUCGCAAAUGUCGCCAACAUUAAAAGGAGAUAAACACCGCUUUGUCCGAUGUUCUCGAUAGGAUUCGAACGCGUUCAGCGUCAUAGGCUACAAUGGCACGAAUUCGAUAUCCGCAUUCAGGGCGAAGUGUCCCCCCCUAAAAAGAUAUUAGAGAGUUAAAGAAGGCGCAGCGGAGCGGGCCCGGUUCGGCUAGUUGUUCUAUAAAAUCCUGAUAAUACCUAAAAUUUCCGAGCUCUGUGAAUACUUUCUUUAACUUGAUUGCACAGUUUUUGGGCCGAAAGUCUAGGAUUGACAUUGACUUUACGCACUAUGUACCCCUCAUCAGCAACUGUGAAAACUUUGUUUGGCGCUAUUUUGCCUUUAUCAUCUACCCCAUUUUCAUGCAGGAAUCGCUCAAUGAUAUUUUGGACUGUGCAGACAUGAAUAUUUACCACUGAAGCAUUUUUUCGCUGUGAAGUCUUUCUUCAAAUAGUUUAUCACCAACUUUCUUUACCCAACCUUCGUGCGAGGAUCCAUUUUUAAUUUAACUGCUUACGAUUGUUUUCAACACCAAAAUAAACCGAUUGCAUAUGUAAUGCAAGAACACCGUUACACCUGCAUAUCAAAGCUGUGAAACGGUACACUGAAAUGACUGCAUAAAAAAACUGUAAUAUUGAAUUUUGGUAUAGAAGAAUAAUAUAAUUACAGUUUAAAUCUUCUCAAUUACCAUUUAAGUGACCUGGAAAAUUAAAUAAAACUCCAAUCUCUCAAAGGAUAUAAA